AUGUUCAUAGCAAGUAAGUGCCUUGGUAUUUCAACAAUUGAAGUUUAUGCACGGUUAGUAGAUGAUCCAAGAGACAACACACAAGUAAGUUUACCCUCUUCAUAUCCCAACUCCAUUCCAUCUUCAUACCCUUUUAUUGAAACAAAAAUCCACCUUCAGUCCAUACCCUCAUCGUCAGAGUACCCAUCAACAUCCACCCAUGAUAUUGAUCUUAACACAAUGUACGAUGGUCCUAUUAGUGUUGUGGCUGGUGUCCACAAUGAAGAAGUCGGUGAUUUUAGUGAGAAUGAGGAUGACAUUCUUGCUGAAGUUGUUGUCGAUGACGAUGACGACGACGAUGAUGAUGAUCAAGAACCCGUAGUAGAAUGUCCAUCUACUACAAUUUUUUUCUCUGACCCCCUCACAUUUUGCAACGUUACCUCUGACAACAUGAAUUACGUUGACUAUGAAUUUCUCAACUCUAUGUCCAAAAACCAAUCUUACCUUGUUCCAAAUCCUGAUAAUCUUCAAGUGGGGAUGACAUUUCCCUCAAAAGCUGUGGCAAUGCAGUGUGUAAAAGAAUAUCAUAUGCACAAUUCUACGAGCUUCGUCGUUGCGCAUUCUGUUAGCACUAGAUGGAUUGUCCAUUGUAAAAAUAAAAAUUGUAUGUGGAGGUGUAGAAUAUUCAAUGGAAAGAAAUCAAACAUCUGGAAGAUCACAAAACUAGAAGGGCCACACACAUGCUCAUCAACAAUGGUUUCACAAGAUCACCAACAACUCUCUUCGACUGUUAUUUGUGAAAGCAUCUUACAAAUGGUAACAUCGGAUCCCACAAUAUCAGUUUCAGUAUUGAUUGCACAUAUACGAUCUCGGUACACAUAUACCACUACUUAUAGAAAGACAUGGAUUGCAAAACAAAAGGCCAUUGAGAGAAUAUACGACAAUUGGGAGGAAUCAUAUAAACAGCUUCCAAGGUGGAUUCUUGCUUUCAAACACUAUCUUCCAGGCACUGUUACCGAUAUUGAAGUGGGACCCUUUAUUGAAGAUGGCCAACGAGUUCCUAGCAAAGAUGUCUUUCAUCGCCUCUUUUGGAGUUUCCAACCAUGUAUCAAAGGGUUUGAUCAUUGUAAACCAGUUGUUUUAGUUGAUGGAACAUGGUUAUAUGGGAAGUAUUGUGGGACCUUACUAAUGGCAAUCGCUCAGGAUGGUGAUGAUCAUACCAUUCCUAUAGCAUACGCCAUUGUUGAGGGUGAAACAUCAGAUGCUUGGUUUUUCUUCCUCAGUCGUCUACGAAUGUUUGUCACACCUCAACCCAACCUCUGUUUGAUUUCAGAUAGACAUGAGUCGAUUAAAAGUGUUGUUAGGCGUGUAAACAACAAUUGGCAUCAUGUCUUUUGCGUUCGACAUAUAUCACAAAACUUCAUGAGGACCUUCAAAAAUGGGCUAAUGAAAAAUAUUGUAACAACAUGGGUUAGAUACGCUAUGACUCAACCAGGCAUCACAUACUUUAGAAGAAAAAUCAGUGAUUGGAGUCAAGAUGCAUUGAAAUGGCUCGACGAUAUUCCAAAGGAACAAUGGCUACAAGCAUAUGAUGAAGGUAGACGUUGGGGACACAUGACAAAUAACCUUUCUGAGUGCAUGAACAAUGUAUUAAAGGGGACACGCAAUCUUUCAAUCAGUUCUUUGGUGCAAGCAACAUACUACAGAGUGACUGCAAAAUUUGAAGAAAGAGGGACACAUGCCCAAGCAAUGAUGACAUCAGGUUUGGUUUACUCAAAUACAAUCAUUCAAAAUCUUAACAAGGAACGAGCAAUGUCAAAUUCCCAUGAAGUUGUUAUUCACAAUCGACCCCAUAGUAUAUUUACAGUUAAGGAGUUGGUUCGUCCACCAAGCGGUCGUCCUGUAGGGACAUUCAAGGUAGACCUCGACAAAAGAUGGUGUGAUUGUGGUGAAUUUCAAGCAUUACACUAUCCAUGUUCACAUGUCAUUGUCGCUUGUUCGUUUAUUCACUGUGACUACAUGAUGUAUGUGUCUUAUAAAUAUACAUUGCAAUGUAUCUUUGACGUUUACAAGGAAGAGUUCCCAACAAUUCCUCUUCAAUCAUAUUGGCCAGAAUACAAUUGA